UGAGGUCAACGUGUCAUUCAAUUGAUAACGAACGGUUCUAUGGUGCAGGCCGCCAGUCAUGUCGGGUCUUUCGGACUGUAAACGCACCGUCUGACUUUCAUCCGCUCUACGAUUUUAAGUGAUAUGGAAAUCUAUACGUCGGACAGCAGUGAUUCGGAGAACAGCAACAAAGUACUCGACUAUGCGUAUUUGUUGAUGGACCCGCCAACCGUCGAGGAACAUCUCGAUGUAGUUCUGCGCGACGCCAAAAAGUCACACCUUGAAAUCGAAAACAUCAUCCUUCACCACAACAGGUUGAACAUCCUUCCCAAGAACUUGAACAGAUUCACCAACAUUAAAGUAUUAGAUAUAAGCAACAACGGACUGACCACUUUGCCCAACGUAUUCGAAUAUUGUUCUCUGACCACUUUGAUAGCCAAAAACAACAGUCUUCAUUGCGACUCGUUGCCGAAGAAGUUCACCAACACGCUCACAUUGAGGGAGUUGAAUUUGAACGGAAAUCAAAUACAGUAUUUUCCCGAGCAAGUACUCGACUUUACCAAUUUGAAGUACUUGUACUUGGGAGGCAAUGGCAUGCAAAAUAUAUCCAAAAACAUUUACAAACUUGGCAGUUUGCAGGUUUUAUCUUUCGGAGGGAAUAAUCUGACAGAAGUACCAGCAACUUUAGGUCAAUUGAAACAAUUACAAGCUUUGGUACUUUGCGACAACAAAAUCGAAAGUUUGCCAGCGAAUAUCGCUAAUCUUCACAACCUAAAAUCUUUGAUGCUGCAUAAGAACCAACUCAAAACACUCCCUCCAGAAAUCGUUGCCCUUAGAAAUUUAACUGAAUUAAGUUUAAGAGAAAAUCCACUGGUAGUAAGAUUUGUGACUGACAUGAGCCACAAUCCAGCUUCUCUUUUGGAACUGUCAGCAAGAUGUGUUAAAUUACACAACAUGGAUGUCAAACCCGGAGAUGUUCCUAAUACACUUUUGGAAUACCUUCAGUCAGGUCACAGAUGCGUUAACCCUAACUGCAAAGGUGUUUUCUUUGAUAAUAGAGUCGAGCACAUAAAAUUCGUCGAUUUCUGUGGGAAGUACAGAAUACCUUUACUGCAGUACUUGUGUUCGUCCAAAUGUGCUAUGGGAAGAGACGAAGUUGUCAGACCUCCAAAGUCUUACUUGAUGAAGAAAGUUUUGCUGGGAUAAUUCAUUAACCGACUGUGAUUUUAUGUGAAUGCUUUUUAUAAAAUAAAAAAUAUAUAACAUG